UUCAACUUGGGCAGACAGUUUGUGUUCUGCUUGUUCUUAGUAGUUAGCAGCUAUAAAAACGUUGCGCUUUACGUGGGCGGUUUGAGCGUUGAGCGUAGCGGUCAGUGCCAAAACGGAAAAUUCACACAUGCGAACACUCGCAGUGAACAAAUAAUAUAUUAAUAUAGACCGUUAUAUGUACUAUGUAGAUGUGAGUUUUGCAUUUAGUAUUUUUCAUGCGCGCAUUAUAAAAUUUUGACAGCGCGUCCGCAUAAAUUCGCUUGCUUCAGUCGGUAAUUGAAUUCGAAGGCGUAGUGUGAUUUUGGCGCGUUUUUGUAGUGCGAACAUGAAAUUGAAUCGGAAAAGUAUGAGAAACUUGUGAAAUACAAUUGGAAUUAAAGUGUGUAUCAGAAAAGAAUACUGAAAAUUUUGAUUGAAAUUAAUUGAAAAAUACAUGCACACGCACACAGAUGCAUAUUGAAAUUCAAAAUAUGACUUGUGGGCAUGAGAAUUUAUGUGUGGCCCGAAAAAUGUGCGAAUUAAGUGUUUUGGUUAAGUGAAUUGCGACAAGAUUAAUUAUUAGCGCAAAUUAUUUGUGAAUCAAAGUGAAAAAACAAAAUUAUAUUAAAUUAAAUAAAAAUCAAAAAAAAAAAAAAAUUAAAUAAAAUAAAAACCCAGCAGCCUGCAAAAUGCCGAAGGUCUUUGCGUGCCUUAGCGGUUUGAGAUGCAACUCGAAGGCCUCCUAUUUGCCACGCCAGAGUCUUGAGAAGCUCAACAAUUUGGAUCCGGAUCAUGGCAGUUACAAACUUACGCUCACCUCAAACGAGGACUUGGUGGCGAACACGAAACCCGCUUCCUACGACAUACUCAAUGCACAUAAUAAUGGCAAAAUGCCUAACAAUUUGCCAGAUGUUCUGCCAUUGGGAGCUAAAUUGCAGCCGCAACCCUCGUCUCCCACUUCCGCCAAUGCUUCGCCACUACGCUAUGGUUCCAACAAUAACUUAAACUCAUCAAGUGUCUCCACGCCGGUCCAACAGCAACAGCAACAGCAACAGCAGGUACAGCAGGCGGCGACACCCAAUUGUUAUCCUGUAUAUCCGCCCACACAGCACCGCUACUCCACGCCAACUAUGAACUCGUACAAUAGCAAUGUCGGUAACAAUGUCGGCAGCAAAGCGCCCAAUUACAGUCGAUCUCAGUCAUAUGAAGUGCAUAGUAACCCGCACAGCGGUAGCCUAUAUCAUCCUAGCCACGCUACUAAUAGUCCCACAAAAUUUAUGUCCCAGUCCACGAUGGAUUUGAAGCGUACACAACAGCUGGAGCCGACUAUUGAGGAGACCACAGCCGCAUUGCUGAGCGAAAGUGCCACAGUGCUGUCGCCCGCGCAAUCGGAGAGUAAUCUUAGUAGUCCGAGCAAACAUCAGCCGCAGCUGAUUUCCAUGAAGCCGCUUUCUAGCCUUGGUAGCUCAAGUGAUAGUGGCAGUACGAGUGGCAGCGAAGGUCGUAUUUUUCGCGCCGAAUUGGUCACAGCUACGCUUUCAACAUCGCCUAUUGCGCCUGUAAAGUCCGUUAUACGCAAGGAUUCAUUGCGCGAAAACAUCGAGAAAAUUACGCAGCUACAGUCGAAACUGAUGUCGGCGCAUCUGUCCGAAAGCAGUUUAAUUGGUAUUUAUGGCUCGAGAACGACUUUGAAUUCAACGCCAUCUAUAACAACAGCAACACCCACAACGACAGCCGAGAACAUGGGCGCACAAUUAAACGAAAGCUCCUCGAAGCAAACUAGUGAUUGUAGUAUGGAAGUGGCGAGAGAGCAGACGCGCUCAGAUGGUACUGUGUGUACAGAAACUAUAGAUACUCGCAAGAACCUAAACAAUAGCGCGGAUGCCUGCACCACACGAACUUCCACAUCACCCACAAAUACACCUUCCUCGCUAACCGCGUCAACAUCAAGCGCUGUGCUACCUCAACCAGUCGCCACCACAACCGUCGCCAGCACAAAUACCACAAGUGAAGACCUCAUUGCAACACAAAGCACGCCGUUGAGCUCCAGCACUGAUAGCUUAAAACUGAUGCAGCGUAGCGAAAUCAUACUACGUGUGAAUCCCACAACCACAGAGGCAGCUUCGCAGACCGACGAUGAUCUGGCAUCUGUUGCCAACGAUGUUGAGGAGCAUACACGGCUCACUGAGCAACCGCAUGCCAAGGAGGAGGCUCAGCAACAACGCAUUACACUACAACCUCGCCAGCGCCAUCCCAUCGAGAUCGAUUGCGAGGAAAUGUCACAAGAAUUGGCUACACUUUUGGCGUCCAACGAAAAAUUGGUGCAAAUCUUAGCGCCACCUUCAUUUAAAUCGUCCACUGACUAUGUUAGUAAUCUGUAUAAUCCGAAUGUGCCAUUACGGCCAGCUAAACGAGAUGUAGGCACGUCAACGUUGCUGCGCAUGAAGGGACGCGACACUCAAGAAAAGCUGACAGUGGAAUUACAAUAUGCCGAGGUGGAGGUAUUACUGACAAAUGGCGAUAGCGAAUCCGAAACAUGUGAUUUGUUGAAGAAAAAAGUGGAUGAACUCAUUAAGCAACUAAACCGUAAAAUACGCAUACUUAACAAGGAGCAAAUGACGCUCAAGGAGGAAGCCGAGCUGAACGAUGAGUUGGGCAACAGUCUGGUUGCCAAACUGACGGACAAAGUGCGUCCCAUAGAAGCAACCAAAUGCCGCACCUAUAUUGACGACGUGGGUCAAAUUACAAGCCUGCUGCUUUCGCUUUCUGAACGGUUAGCGCGCAUAGAGAACAGUCUGAGUGCAGUUUCGGCUGAAAAUUGCGCAGAAAAGAAAUCGCUCGAAUUGAAACGCGACCGUCUGCUCGAUCAGCUAACCGAAGCGAAACGCCUUAAAGAGGACAUAGAUCGACGUGGUAGCAGCGUCGUUGGCAUUGUCGAAAAAACGCUCAGCGCCGACGAAUUUGCCGAUUUCGACUAUUUCAUCAAUAUGAAGGCGAAAUUGAUAGCAGAUACCCGUGAUAUUGCAGACAAAAUCAAAUCUGGCGAGGAGCAGCUCAAUGCGCUCAGUGAAGCGCUCAUACAAAGCGAUUGUUGAACGAUCGCAAGACAAGGCGAAAUACAGGCAAUUCCAUAUGCAAUACGUUUUGGUGAAAAUUAGUAUGUAUGUGGAUGAAGAAAAUAAAAAAAAUGAUCGAGAAUAGCGCAACUGCAGCUCAGGUCCUAAAGUAAAGACUUUAAAGUAAAAUGUUGGUAUAUACGCAUAAUGUAUGUAUGUAUGUAUGGAUGUAUCGUAAGUAGGGUAUGGUGGCUGAGUAAGCGGAUUUUCCAUGCCUUCAACAGCAACGAGUUGAAAGCUUAGUGUGAGAAUCGGAAAAAAUGGGGACAUAAAAUGAGCGCAAUUGAACUGAGCUGGCUUUCAUUGAAGUCUUUUGAUCAUUACCGUGUAAAAAUGGGAAAUUCUUUUGUAGUUUAUCAAAGGAAAUCCCUUAUAUGGAUGUAUGUAUAUGUAAAUAUUGGGGUUUCUCAAUUUGAUUACUUUGCAUAUUUUCACUAUUAGUACGCCGCAAACAGGGUGCUACGCUUUAAAUUAAAUGUAUACAAAUAUGUAUGAUAGAAUUUAGUGGCAAAUUACAUGAAAUUUAUUAACUGUGGCAUUAGAAAGCACUAAACGAAUAAACUAAAAACGCAUGUAAACUCAAUGCAAGCAAAUUUAGUUAGAGAGAGGCAUUAGAAAUUCAUUUUGAAAUGUUGUCUCAAUGCAGUAACUAUUUAAAAUUCAAUUUAUAUACUUUAAUUUAUAGUAAUAAAAAACACACACAAACUCUUAAUUAUAUUAUAUGUGAUUUAAAAAUACGGUUUUAUGUUUUUUAGUCCUUAUACUUAUAUAUAUGAAAACUAUAAGCAAAUGUUGCAGCACGCAGGCGCAACGCGCACCAAUUGAAGACCACUUACAGCGCGCUUCGUUCAGACAGCAGAGGUGGCACAACGAAAUAUGCUUUGGAAAAUAUUAUAAACUUGUAAUUUAGUCUUAACAAAUUGAAAAGCGCGCAUUGCAGAUGAGAAUUAGAGGAAAGCGAAUUCUCAAAUAUAUUUUUUCUCAAGUGACUUAAGAAUAAUCGCAUCCUAGUUUUAGGUUUGCUUAAUCUUAGACAAUACUAGCAUUGGAGCAAAACUGUACUAUACAUAAAUUUUAAGAAAACUCAAAUCGUAGCUCCACAGCUGAAAAAAAAAAAUGCAAUGAAAAAAUAUUAAAAAAUAAUCUUGUAAGAAAUGUAUAUUUUAUCAAAUAACAGCAAGCAAAUAAAAUUGUAUUUGCAUGCGAAAAGCUAAUUUCCCGCAUAUUUGCAAAUCACUGUGUACAUACAUAUGUGCAUAUAUGUAUCCUUAUAUGUAGCAUUCAACCAACUGUGUACUUAUGCAAUUGCAUUUUGAACGGGCUUGUGAAAUAAUUUUUGCAAACAAAA